UCUGAUGAUUUAAAAGAUAAAGUAUUACAAAUAGCAGAGGAAGCCCUGGACAAACACCAAUUGGAACGUGAAAUUGCUGCCUACAUUAAAAAAAAGUUGGAUGAAGAAGAAGGUGCUUUGUGGCACGUUAUUGUUGGUAAGAACUUCGGUAGUUACGUUACCCAUGAAAAGGGAUAUUUUAUUUAUUUUUAUAUUAACAAUUUAGCCUUUUUAGUUUUUAAAACUGCUUAA